AUGGAGAAUGCCAACGAUAACGAUAAAAAGGACAUUAAUGGACCUCAGAAUGCUGAUCCAGAUGAGUUUUUCCAUCUGUCCAUCGAGGAUCAAGAGGUAGAUAUGUCCGAGAGAUCACAGGAUUCAGGGACAGAAAAGGUAACAGGUAUUCCAACAGAUACUGAGAUGGAGCCUUUCUCACUUGAAACUUUAGGGGUGAAGUUUGUGGAGCAGAAUUCUUUGGAAAGAACUGUUGCUGAGCAAGCGGAUAAGGCGAUAGCGGAGAAGAGCGUGGAACUUGAGAAGAAAAGACUAGAAAGAGCUCUCAAGAAGUUGUAUCAGCUACAGGGUAAAGUGAGAUCAUUAAGAUCAAGGUUGGAUACUAGCUAUGCUCGUAUCUCUGAAAAAGAUAGAGUUAGACAUCAUAUCGAUGAUUUGGAGAAAGGAGAUUUGAUACAGGCUGUCACCGAUGUGAAGGAGAUUAGAGAGAGGCUUCAUCAGGCGGAGGUUUCAAUUCGUUCCCAAUCUUCAACUCUACGGGGAAAUGUUGAGAAGGAUGAGAGUCCAGGAAAAGAUGUGACUUCCACUGAUCGUGUAAAGCGACUUCCUGACGAAACACAGCAAGAAUAUCUUAUAAGAACAGGUAAAGUGACUGCUUUUGGUAGUGCAAAUGGCUUUAUCGAAGAGAUCGAUGACGAUAAUGAAGCUGAUAAGGUGCCUUUACCUUCGCAUCAGAAUUUGCAUGUUCCAGGGUUGGAUGAUGUUUCAAAAGAAGUGAAGGAGGAGAAUAAUGAAUCACAACGUACUGGCCUUCUUGAGAAGAGUGUUCUCGAUAAUAGUGAGGGUGAUUCUCACGAUGAUGCUGAUUACGAGGAACCUUUUGGUAUUGGAGAGAGUGGUGACGAGUAUGAAGAGGACAAUUCUACUGUUGAUGAUGAUGAUAUAGAUGUUUCCAAGCCUCAUAAAGAGGGUGAGGAUGAGGACUUCAAAAACAUUGAUGAUGGUGAAGAAGAAGUAUUUCAACGUCGAUUGACACAAUGGACUGCGAAGAGGUCAUCAUUGCGUACUUUGAAACGCCCCGAUUACGUUGAUGACCUUGAUAAGCCUGAGUGGGAGAAGCCUCAUCCCGUUUCCAAUGAUGCCAUUCUUAAUGAUGAGUUUCAUGUUCCCGGUGAUAUUUAUCCGGCGCUUUUCGAUUACCAAAAGACAGGUGUUCAAUGGCUUUGGGAGCUAUAUUCACAAAGAACUGGCGGUAUCGUAGGUGAUGAGAUGGGUUUAGGAAAGACAGUCCAGGUCAUUGCCUUUCUUGCUGGUUUACAUUAUUCUCGAAAAUUAACGAAGCCUGUCUUAGUCGUCUGUCCCGCAACUGUACUAAGUCAGUGGUGUAAUGAAUUUCAUAGAUGGUGGCCUGCUUUCAGAACAAUGAUUUUGCAUUCGAUAGGCAGUGGCAUGUCCACAAAGAAGCGGACGCAUGGUGAUUUAGGGAGCGAAGAGGAGCGUUGGGACGAAAAUCUAGAAGAUGAAGGGUAUGGUGGUCAUGAACGCAGUUCGCAUAGUAUUAUGAAUGAGCAUAAUGCUAAGGAGCUGAUUCGAAAAGUUAUAAAGGAUGGUCAUGUUAUCAUCACCACUUACGUUGGUGUUCGGAUUUAUGCUAAAUAUCUUCUUCCAGUACAUUGGGAGUAUGUGGUUCUUGAUGAGGGCCAUAAGAUUCGUAACCCCGAUAGUUACAUUACACUCACCUGCAAGCAGCUCAAAACACAUAAUAGAGUCAUUCUCAGCGGUACUCCCAUUCAAAACAACUUAGUGGAGUUAUGGAGUUUGUUUGAUUUCAUAUUCCCUGGAAGGCUCGGUACUUUGCCAGUAUUUCAGAAGCAGUUCUGCAUUCCAAUUAAUCUCGGUGGCUAUGCCAACGCAACCAAUGUCCAAGUACAAGCCGGUUACAAAUGUGCCGUCAUUUUGAAGGAUCUUAUUUCACCAUACCUUCUCCGUCGAGUUAAGGCCGAUGUAGCACAGGAUUUACCAAAAAAAUCUGAGAUGGUUCUAUUUUGUGAAUUGACACGUCGUCAGAGAACCAUGUAUGAAAAUUUCCUUCAUUCUGAAGAUUUGCAACGGAUAUUGAAAGGUAAACGGAAUGCAUUAUAUGGCAUUGAUGUUUUGAGAAAGAUCUGCAACCAUCCGGAUUUGGUAAUUUCGAUGGAUAGUAAGAAGGCUGCCACAAAAGAAAAACCUCAAUAUAAAACAUCUGCGGAGUUGUCUGAAUUGUCAGGUAAGUUGCAUGUUGUCAGCAUGUUGUUACGGUUGUGGAACAAGGAAGAUCGCAAAGCUCUACUAUUCACACAGACACGCCAAAUGUUGAAUAUAUUUCAAGACUUUAUGGAGAAAUUGAACCAGGAAACUGGUAACACGUAUGGCUAUUUAAGGAUGGAUGGCACCACACCUAUUUCCGAAAGACAGAAGCUAGUGGACUCGUUUAAUAAUAACCCGAAGUAUAAGGUCUUUCUUUUAACGACACGUGUUGGUGGAUUGGGGAUCAAUUUAACUGGUGCUAGUCGUGUGAUCAUUUACGAUCCCGAUUGGAACCCGUCCACUGACAUUCAGGCUCGUGAAAGAGCUUGGAGAUUGGGUCAAAAGAAAGAUGUUACUAUUUAUCGAUUAAUGGUUGCUGGAUCCAUUGAGGAGAAAAUUUACCAUCGGCAAAUCUUCAAACAGUUUUUGACAAAUAAGAUUCUUAAAGACCCGAAGCAGAAGCGAUUUUUUAAGAUGACUGACAUGUAUGAUCUAUUUACCUUGGGUGAUCAGGACACUAAAGGUACCGAAACUGCAGAUCUUUUUGGCGCCAGAGAAACAAAUUAUCAGGGGAGUAAAGAACGGAAGUCCAGAUACCUAAGCGGUGUCAGAAGAAAAGGCCACAAGUCAACUAGUUCGGAGAAGGAUGUUGACUCAGAUGAUUUUCUGGCGGUCUCUCAAAUGAAGGGAGUUGCCAGUAUCCAAGAGUAUGAUACAGGAGAGGGUAGUAAGCCAAAGGGAGGAAAUGGUAAUGACGAUGAUAUAGGGCUUGUAUCUCAGAUCUUCAAACGUUCAGGUGUGCAUUCUGCCCUUGAGCAUGACUCGAUAUUGGGUCGCCCAGAGGGGUCUAGCUUUGUGGGAGCGAUUGAAAGUGAAGCAAAUCGAAUAGCCAGAGAUGCUGUUGAAGCAUUGCGAGAUUCGCGUAAAGUGGCUAGGCGUUCAAGUGUUGGAGUUCCGACAUGGACUGGUCGUUUCGGUUCGGCUGGAAGGAAGAUAAAUAUGAGACCCACUGGUGGGCAGCGUUUUAAGCGCAAAAUACUGCCAGGUCAUUCUGAUUCAUCUAGAGGCAGAAACGCUAGUACAGGUGUUGCUAUCACUCAUGGUAGCUCAAGUUUAUCGUCCUAUUCGAUUCUUCAAAGCAUGGAAAAUAAAUCAAAAGAUGUCGGCACUUUACGCCCUAUUGACGGUCGAAUCAGUCGUCGCAGUCCCAGUAGCACAGGUGCCGUUGAUGAUUCGAAAAAAACAAAGGACUUGAUUACUAGGCUUAGUGGUUACUUGGCAGGUGUUAAAGAUUAUUUUAGUACGUCUAGUGAGAUUCUUGAUCAUUUAAAUAUUGAUGUCUCCGACGAAAAGGAGGUGAAAAUUCUCCGGUCAAUGUUGAGGUCCAUAUGUAAAUGGGACAAGGUAAAGAGGGGCUGGGUGCUUAACGAAGAGUUCAGAUAG